AUGCAGGGUGCGCCGCGGCGGGAGCACGAGCAGCAGCUCCACCAGCAACCUCAUCUUCAACGCGCCCCAGCGUCGUACGAUCACCACUAUCCAGCACCGCCCGCGCACGACAGCAGCGCCGCCGGCGCUUGGAGCUCCUUUGCGCCUCCCAAGCUUCCACCCCCGCGCAUGCCCUCCACGCUCGCUUCUCGUGCUCCGUAUGCCGAUUCUGCGUCGGCGUGGGUGGCCAACGACCGUCGACGCACUUCCCAGGCAGACCUGGAUCAGCUCGCCUCCGAAUCCACACUGCGCAAUCGCCCGCACCACUCCCACGGCGAUCCGCAUGCCCACCAUCAGCCCUCGCCCUCCAUUUAUCGUCGCCCUUCCGAAGCAUCGGGCGCGCAUCCGCGCCACGAUGCUUACGAGCGCGACGCGAGCAGGACCGCCGAGCUUGCGUCUCGGAUGCUCCCCGACACUCGCAACGCACCUCUUUCCGGCUCGCGUCACGCUCUCAACGCUUCUCGCGAUCUCGCCGCGCAGCCCUACAACUCGGCCAUGCCGCCGUACCCUGACGCGCAUUCCGAUCGUUACGAAUCGCAUCCGCCGCUGUCUCGCCGCCCAGACGAACGCAGCAUCCAUCAACGCGUCCUUCCUCAUGCAACGGCCGAGGCUGUCGACGCCGAUCCGCGCCGUCCCGACACUGCAUCGUCCGCUUGGUCGUCGGUGCGAUCGUCGUCGUCCGGUGUCAAGCGCUCGCCUCCGCAGCAGCAUGCCCCUUACCCUCCCCCCUACGCCCGAGAAGCGCCCAUCCCGGCUCACGCCCAGUCAUCCUAUCCUCACGACCGAGACAUCCAGGAACGCCUGCCGCACAGUGGCAAGCCAGCAGCCACGCAGCGAUCCCCUCCGGCAUCCGAUGGCUUUGCUUCGGCGCAGCCGCCGCUCGGCGCCAUCGCUCACGGCCUCGGUGCAAUGGCAUCCCAAGCGGUCGCCGCAUCCAUGUCUGCGCAGCACCCGAUGCAACCUAACCGCAAGCGUCUCAGGAUCUCGCGCGCGUGCGACGAGUGCCGACGUCGCAAGACCCGCUGCGACAUCGUCGGCGCCUUCCCCGGCGAGCCCGGCCAUCCCCUCACCAUCUCGGGCGCCGUACCUCCGCUCGAGCCCAACAUGGAGCCCAAGGGCGAGAUGCUCAUCUUGCAGCCCUGCAUGAACUGCCGCCGCAGCGAAGUGACGUGCUCCUACUCCAAGCGCCCUCUCAAACGAGGGCCCUCGAAAGGCUACAUCAAGGAUCUCGAGAGGCGCCUCAACUCGCUCGAGUCCCAGAUCGUCUCGGGCUCCGACCGCACCGACCAGGACGCCCACGACGUUCAUCAGGACGCUAUUCCGCUCGAUGCCAAGCCGGGUGCAGCACCGGUUGCGCCGCCAGCGCACAAGCCAAAGAUCCGCACCGAGGAUCGCAUCAGCAGGCUCGAGAGUGUCCUCGCGCGUCCCUCCACUGCCAAGGAUGACGAUGAAGAUCCGCCGGCCUUCUCCGACGCCAGAUCCAGCGAAGGUUUCGCAGCGCAGGUCAAGUCCGAGGCGAGCAGCGACGUACUGGAUAACGCCUCCCGCCUUGCUUCUGAAGCAAGUGCUGACCUUGAAGCCGUCCGUGCAUCGUCCCCCUCUUCGGCCCGACUGGACCCGGUCGUCGCCUCAAUUGCUACAGCGCCAAUCAGCCCGGCCAAAGCGUCCUUGCCCAAACUCAACGGCACGUCGGACCGCUCCUCGGCCAGCUUCAAGAGCAAGAACAAAGACAAGACCGCCUCGCGAGCAAACGCCCGUUCGGGCGCGCCGCAGAACGACGUCGCCGACGUCAAGGCCAAAGUCGCCGAUUCUUUCCUCCAUGCCACCUUCCCAGUCAUGCAAGGCCGCGCCGAGGGCGAAGGCAGCAGCGGCAGCAGCAACAACAGCAACAUCGCCCGUCUGGAAGACCGAGUGCUGGCAAGAGGCUUGCGUUUGCUCGUUGAGCCAGUCGAGAUGGUCACUUCGCAACCGGCUUCGCGCGACGGCACGCCCGGCUCGCAGGGUGCCAAGGCGCAGCAGGCGCAUGCUGUCCGCGUCGCCAACCUCAUCGGCCAGGCGUCGACCGGCCUGGGUGGACUGCGCGACGAGCUCGCGGAACGAGGCCAGUCGAGCCUCGACAGUCUACGAGCGCUGCGCAAGGUGGCACACCGGCUGUCGGCGCAGGAGGCGGACCUGCUGAUGCUCUGCCACCUCGACCACCUGCGCAACGGGCGCAACAACAACUCGGCUCUCGCCGCCGCCGUCUCUAAGCUCGGCUCGGGCUCCAACGUGCAGAACGAGCGCGAGACGUACCGGCGCAGGACGGUGCUCUUCAUGCUCGAUCGCUGGCAUGCCGUGGCGUUUGGCACGCCGCACCUGCUCAGCGGUCGCUUUGGCAUGGAGCGCGACAGCUUCCGCUCGAUGAAGCUCGCGCUGAGCGAUGCCGAGGCGUCGCCGCUCGGCGAUGCGGUGUUCGAGGUGCUGCGCUGUGCGAUCAUGCUGGGCCAGCUCAACGACCUGGUGCAGAACAACGGCGGCUGGAAGGGUGUCUCGAAGAGCGAUGUUGAUGCGGUCAUCCACAGCGCCAUGGACGAGAACGAGCGCAGGACGGCGACCGAGGCGAGCGAUGCGCGCAACGGCAGCCGGGCGGGGCACGACACAGCCUCGAAUGGUGCCGACGUUGAGGGGGGCGAGGCGGGACCGAGUCUGUUGAGCACCGAGGCGAUGCGGUACAGUCUCGAGCAGGCAGUGCGGUGCUACUAUGCGCUGCACACGCUGCCGAAUGCGCGCGAUGCGCGCAUGCAGGACGUGCACCGCAUGUUCAACCUGGCCGAGGCGGUGAUUGUGCUGGGCACGGCCAAGACGCCGAUCUCGCUGCAGGGCAAGCUGAUCCAGUCUGCGAUCGGGCCGACGGUGCUGGCGAUUGCGGCGGUGGCGUUUUCGUGGUGCCUGCGCGUCAUCUGCAUGCUGGUGGCCUCGUCGAAUGCGGACGAGAGUGCUUCGACGGGCGCCUCGAGCUCUACGUCUGGUGCUGAUAGCAGGGCGCGGGGUGGGGAGAGCACGCUGUAUCAGCUCGAGUUUUACCGGCGCAAGAUGCUCGACUACGUGCGCAUGUGUGGGCCCUUCUGCCUGUUUUCCGGCGGCCCACCGACGGCACCGGCGUCGUUUGCACCCGUGUACCUGCGGCUCGCGCUGUUCUUCAACAAGACCGUCUCGCUCGCCUCGCAGAUGGGCUCGCUCGUCUCGCCCGAGCCGCACAAGACGAGUCCGGUGCACCACGACCCGACCGCGCUCGGCAACGAUGCAGAUAACCUGCUCGACAUGGGCCGCGAGAUGGGAUUCCUCGGCUACGUGCUCGCCUCAACCACCCAGGCCGAGGCAUGGAACCUGCUCACCGGCACCGCUGCCUAA